AUGAAUUGUUUGCUUAUUUAUAGCUAGAACAUCUUGAAACAGAAGCAUCAGUUGUGGAAAUUACCUAGGAAAAUCAACAGUUGCUUUAAACUAGACAGUCAAGAGUAAGGAGUAAUUUUAAAAUAAAUCGAAAUGUUCAAAGCCAAAUUCCUUUUAACCUUAACCAUCAUCUCCUUGUUGGGCUGCAUUUCUGCCCAAACAAUCAAUAUAAAGGAGGUGUGUGAUUUGGCUCCCAAUGCCGUACUGCUGCAACCCAAUACCUGCUCGGAUUGGUUGAAAUGUGCCAGCUCUCCCAACGCUACUGACAUGGAAGAGGGAUCUUGUGUAUUUGGUUUGUACUUUAACAAAAACUCUGGCAAAUGUGAAUACAAGGAUAAUGUUGAGUGCCCUUUUGAAUCGACUAACAAAAAUCGUUGCAGUCGUGAAAAUGAGGGCGCAUUCUUGGCCGAUUUGGAACAAUGUAAUGCCUAUAUUUAUUGCAGGCAGGGUGAAGAGGUCAAAUCCUAUUGCCCCAGCAAUUUAGUAUUCGAUCCGGUUAACAAGGCCUGCGUUUACAAGCAUCAAUACAAGUGUCCCGAAACGAUGCCAAAAACCGAAAGUGAUGCCCUGUGUUUAUCGUUGCCCGAUGGCAUGUUCUUUGCCGAUAAAAACGAUUGCACCAAAUACAGUCAAUGCAAGAAUGGCCAGCUCAAAACACACUCCUGCAAUAGCAGUUUUGCCUGGGACUAUGUCCAGGGUAACUGUGUGCCCGCUGAUGAUGUGGUCUGCUUGCCGUCCGCCAAGAAACCCGAGCCUGAACUUAAAGUAUGUGUCGAUUUUGUGGGUCCCGUUUCGGAUGGUGUUUCCUGCAGCGGUUACUAUUUCUGCAAGAAAAUGUCCAACGCUACAUACGAUCGCAAGCCACAGCAUUUCAGCUGUCCCGCUGGCAAUUUCUUCGAUAUGAAUACCAAUUCGUGCCGUGACCGUUUGAAUGUCAAAUGUUCUCUGGAUCGUUGUGAGGGUAUGGGCAAUAAGUAUGUCAAUGUGGCCGGUGAUUGUAGAAAGUAUGUGUUGUGUCAAAAUGGUGUGGCUGGCACACCGGGCAGCUGUCCCAGCACCCAUUAUUUCGAUGAACGUACCCAAGGCUGCACUCCUCAGGUUGUAAGCUAUGCGGCUUGUUCGGCUUAAAUUUUAUGUAAAAUUCAAAUUACAGACAAUCAAAUAAAAGGAAAAUAUUGAAAAUAUUGAAAAUA